CCUUGGUUGAAGAUGAACCCCGAGGAUGGUCUGGCGGCUGGGCGGGGGUGAGCCGAGAGCCGGCCUUUGCUUGGCAGGUGGCAGCCGGAGCGACCGGAGAGACCUUGAAACUUCGACCGUGGGAGGCGGCGGCGGCGAGGGGGGUCUCUGUGCGCUCAGGAUGCCUGGCUGGAACUGGGCUGCUCAAACUUCAGGAAACUCUGGAAUUGUGCCUUAUGUGAAUGCAUCAGAUGAAGUGCGAAUCCUGAAUCAGCAGAAUGUGAGGCCCAGAGAUGAGCAGUAGCUAUUGCAACAACGCCUCAGUGACCAUGAGCGUCAACGAGGUGUCCAGUUUCCCGCUGACCCUGGAGCAGAAAACCGGUUUCGCCUUUGUGGGGAUCCUCUGUGUCUUUCUGGGACUUUUGAUCAUCCGAUGCUUCAAAAUCUUAUUGGACCCCUACAGCAGUAUGCCUUCCUCCACCUGGGAGGGCGAAGUUGAAGGGCUCGAUAAAGGGACAUUUGAAUAUGCUCUUGCAUGAAGCAAAAUCCUCAAAACGUGUCCUGCCUUAAUCCCGAUUUUUUUUCUUUUUUUCCCCCCCGAAGUGGUGGAAUUCGAAACAUUUGUAAUUGACAGCCAUGUUUGGAAGCUGUGGCGGUAGAAUUUUUUUGGUUAAAUAAAGCUUUGUGGCAAAC